AUGGUAUAAGAUUGUUAUUUUAUAUACACUAUAAAUUUGAUAUAUUAUAAAGUCUACUACAAGUCGAUUAUACUUGUCCCACCCUCCCAGAGGAGAAAAAUUUUAAAUGUGUGUUUAUAUUCGUUGUCCAAUCAGGUUUGAGUGUAUUUUGAGUUGUUCAACGAUUUCCGGUUUUUGUCCAGCAAACCGGAUACGCGGAUAUAUUUUGGCCAAAUUCCGUCAAUUCCUUCACGGAUUUUAGAGCGAAUUUAAGUUCUUCGAUUAAAGCAUCGUUGUUUUGAGAGUUGUACGGUAUCAUUCUUGCAGGGGAUAUCGAUUAAUCUUGAAAGAAAUGCAUUUAAAGGCGAAAAAUCGUCGAUAGUUUCGUGUGACAUACACCAAGUCUGGUCGCAAUGUUUCCGUCCUUCCCUUAUUAUAAGGAAGUCACAGGCGGGCGCGGACAAAUAAAGAUGGGUCUCCUGUGAUAAAUUAUAUAAAUUUCCAAGCGAUAAUUUUCAUCUACAAGACCCUUCAACUAUUACUGGAUUGAGAGACAUGACAACAGAAUUUCGAUAUUUACCCAAAAAGAUAAAACAUGGCAGGACCCGAUUUAUAUAUACAUGAUGAACUUGUGGUCGACGGACUCGACAACUGGCCUCUGUAGCUGAGUUGGUUGGAGCGCUCCACCAGAAUCGCAGGGUCGCAGGUUCAAUUCCUGCCAGGAACCUGCAGUUACAUUUAUCACAGCUGUUCCUCGUUAGGUCUAUAACUGCAGUAUAUAAUUUUUCACUCGAUAAUUCCCAUCUACAAAACCCUUUAACUGUGCCAUCUAUCACUAUCUGAAACUCAAUGAAUAAUUUUUCUUGCUUCAACUGUAGGUUGGACCACCGUUAAAGAAUUUUGCCGAGGACAAGCGUUUUUUCCUCGGAAGUGGAUCUUUUGGCACGUGUGUUUAUGCCGGCAUCUUGGAAGAUGGCAGUGAAGUGGCUGUGAAGAGAAUGGUGAUACAAGUGUGUGAAGGCGCGGCUGAAAAUGAGAAAAAAAUUUUAAGUCUGAUUGAGACGAAGAAAUCACCAUUUAUAGUGAGUUAUCGCAAUUUUGUGAAGGACAAUAGAUUCAUGUACCUGAUUGUUGAUAUCUGUGAAGAAACAUUGGAUGAACAUGUGCAUUCUCAAAAUAUUGACUAUCUACGAAUACACGGUCGAAGAAUGAUCAGAGAAAUGUUAACUGGACUUAAAUUUCUUCAUGAUCAAGGAAUUUUGCACAGAGAUCUCAAACCAUCAAAUAUCCUGGUUGAUGUCGAGGGUCACAUGAGAUUGGCAGAUUUUGGAAUAAGUCGUGUUCUAAAGGAAGACGAAACCACUGUUUAUACUGAUGAGAAAGGAACGGAAGGCUGGAUGGCUGUUGAAGUUAUACAGACUAUAGAACAAAUAGGAAAAGGACGUUUCAAAAAGAAAUUUGAUAUUCAAUCUGCAGGAAUGAUUGCUUUCUUCAUUUUAACCAGAGGUGGACAUCCCUUUGGUUGCACUAAGUACGAACGUAUGGCAAAUAUUGUGGCUGGAAAUCCAGUUAACUUGGUCAACCUUGAUGAUCUUGAUGCUCGACAGUUUGUUUCGUGGUUGAUCAGUCAUACGAUUCGUGAUAGGCCAUAUGCUGAUGAAGCAUUGUUAGACCCUUUUAUGGAUAAUAUAGAUUAUGAAGAGGAAUCUAGGCCUACAAGUAUAUUAUUUCUGGAAGAAUAUCACAAUUAGAUGAAUUAACAAAUUGUGAAAACAUUGACAACGCAAAUGCAAUUUAGAGAGCUCUUGUUAAUAUUUGAAGUUAGGGUUACACGUACGAUUUCUUUACAAAAUUUAGCGCUCUUAAUUUUAGACACAAGUUUUUAAACGUUUGAUCACUGUGAAGUGUGGUCGGAUCGUUAGAAACAAAAAUAUUUUGUCAAUACAGACUGCCUAUAAAGAGUAUUUUACUACAUCCCGGGCGUUCUUUGUCAGUGCCCGCUUUAGUAUAACUACAUCUCCUAUUUACUAUAAUUUUUUUCAAUUGUAUUCAGCGAGAUUACCGGUAGCGUAUUCGUUAAAGACGUUGCGUGCAUGCGAAGUGAAACGAGAUCCGGGUCUGUACACUUCUGAAACGAAAAGCCGGGUUAGUUUUUGCAUGACUUUGAAAUUUCGACUUUUUUCAUUUCUCGAAUUGUUUAUUAGACAUUUACUGGUUAGGGUUAGGGUUAGGAAUUAGGGAAAGGUUUGGGGUUGGGAUCAGUUUAUUUUAGAAAAUUCAACUUUACAUAUAGGCACUGACAAAGAACGCCCCGCGCCCGGGAUGUAGUAAAAUCCGCCUAAGGGCCUGUUUAUAUGGAAGCCGGGCUGGCCCGCUAAGCGAGACAGCCCAGUAAGUGGGAUCUCGCUGUGUAGUUAUUUUUAUAGUAAAAAUUACCGUGCGUUUAUAUGGACAAGCAAGCUGGCCCGGUUGCCGAGAUCUCGCUUGAAGAGGCGAGAUCUCGCUUACCGGGAUGGAAAUGUCUCCAUAUAAACAUUCACAAGCGGGCUAGCCCGGUUGCCGGGAUGAAAGUUCAAAGAUACGGGCGCAAGCUAUUUUUAACUUACUGUCAAAACUAUAUCAGGUUUUGGCACAUCCCGGAAAGGGGAUGAAAUUUUCUCAUAUAAACACAAGUGAAAUUCAUCCCGCUUACCGGGCUGUCUUGCUAAGCGGGCCAGCCCGGCUUCCAUAUAAACAGGCCCUAAAGAUCGUAAUAUGCGUCUAAAAGUGUAUGAAUAUGUAACGUUCUAGCAAUUAAUUGAUUUCGUCAUGCAUCGCCGAGUAGUGUGUAAACUUAGAGAUUAUCUUCUAAUUAUAAUAUAGUCAUCCAC